UGUGGCGUGUUCAUUUGCAAGGUGUUGCAAGUUGCAAGUGGUUGCAAGGGUAGAUCUGUUUGAUGUAGCGUCAUCAGGGACCAGGGGUACACAAUUCAGUUUUAAAUUAUCUGUACAGUAUUACACGAAAUCUACUUGUGCUAUGUAAAUAUUUCAAUUGUUUCGAGACUCUCCGGGACCCGGACAUUCAUUGCUUGAGGCCGCGACGUCGUCAUUUCGAGCGGCGCGAAAAGAGGUUAGAUUUAUCCGCAGCUCAUAGAUACUCGUAGAGUAUAAACAUGUCAGAUAAAGAGACGAGCGACGAGAUUCAGAUAAUCUCCGAGAGACUCCAAACUAUCACGACUACCGAGCCGGCGUACAAUAAUGCACAAUCGCAACCACCACAACAACAACAGCAGCAGCAACAGGGGAAGAGUCCACGAAAGAACAAUAACAGUACGACGCGGCAUUCUGUAGACAGCAAAAAGGCUGGUACCACAUCCACCGCCGCGACUGCCGCGGAUGAUAACGUCUUCAUGAGGAGCGUGCCGGAACUCAAUUUACCUGAGAAAAUUCUCCUUGUGAUCGACACGGUAAGGGAGCCGCAAUGCACGCCCUUCAAACUGGGCACGGGCGCGACGUACCUGCCGCUGUUCAUGAUAAAACGUGUGGUGGAGAACUUCGUUGGCGCCAAGUCCACCAUACAGCCUGGGGUACACGAGUACGCGCUGAUGAUCCUGAACUCGCGCGGCGCCUCCUGGCUCUGCGACUAUACCAGCAACACAAAGACCAUUCUCAAUCAUCUGGAGAGCAUCGCGGAGGAUGUGCCGGACGAGGAGCAGAGGACUUAUGACUUGGGCUCGUUGUUCGAGGUGAUACACACGCGAAUAGCGACGCCGGCGAGGAGCCAGCCGAUGUUCACCUCGCGCGUGAUCCUGAUAUACGGACGCUCGAACUCCGUCCCAAAGUUCCACACCGGCCAGAAAUAUCUGACAAACCUGACGGAGAAUCCGUACUUCUUCUUGGACGUGCUGUUCGCCCACGAGCCGCCCAGCGACGACAACAUGUGCGAGGCGGUAUACGCCGAGAUCGCGGCUCUAGACACCACGAAUUUCUCGUAUAUCUUCGAGGUGGGCAGAAACGCCGCCAAGAUACACGACAACAUGGCGAAACUCCUGGCGCAUCCCCUGCAGCGCCCGCCACAGAAGGACGCUUCGUAUACUCUUUAUUCAAUGACAGCCAAUCAAGAAGUACAUACUAAUGUAUAGUGCCGUGUAAAUUUGUUAGCAGAUGGUGCCGAAGUAAAUGAAACGGGAGCUCGGAGAGGAAUUGGAAGCAAGGAAAAAUCCAACAGCUACGAAAUUUGUUUUUUUUUCCAAUAUUACACACCUCGAUUGGUGGGCCUGGCAGUUGUCUGUUUACGAUCAUGAGAGACCGUUUCAUGCCAUCCGCCGGGAUGCAAUGAGGCCGAAAGCAGUCUGUGAUGUU